AUGGCGGUGGUGUGGUCUCUGAACUUCGGGGGCAUCGGCACCAUCAUCGGGCACGAGCUGACCCACGGCUACGAUGACUGGGGGGGCCAGUAUGACCGCUCGGGCAACCUGCUGCACUGGUGGACAGAGGCCUCCUACAGCCGCUUCCUGCGCAAGGCGGAGUGCAUUGUCCACCUCUACGACAACUUCACUGUCUACAACCAGCGGAACAACUGGACAGGGGCCUCCCUGGUGGCGCAAGGGGUUAAGACGCAACCUAUGAAGCUUCCCGCAGCCUCUGCAGCAUGAGUUUG